AUGCAUACCCCAACGACCCCCUUGACACGCCUGUCUUUGGUCAGGUGUCCUGAACAGAGAGAAAGUGAUGAAAAGAAGACUGUCACUGGAACAGACAAGCUGAACAGCGUCAAGUCAGUCAGAUAUGAAGCGAUGACUUUCUCUGAGAGAAAUGUCAUGAUGAAUCCUAUCCCUCCAGAUUGGUUACGCAUACCUGCGUUAUCCCUUUCUGAGCUCGAAAGCUUGGAUAUCUGCAUAGACCAUUCUCUCGACAUUAUCCCUGCUUUCGCUUUGCUUUCACAACAAAGAUGCCUCCAGAGACUUGCGUUUGAAGAACUCGAGCAUCUCGAUAUUACGCUGUCAUUGCAUUACAAGCUUAAUUAUUACCAAUGGAACUUCGGUGGGGACUGGGGAGCGCUGGACAGACUUUUAGCUCCAGCUGAAACACCCAUGCGGUUUACAAAACUGAAGGAGGUGAACGUCCUCGUCAUCACACAUGCAACACAGGGUGAAAUCCCCUCAGCAGGAGAAUGGGUAGAGGAUGAAAGUCACUUGGCGGAAGGCAUUCAGAAAUUUGUGUAUCCUGUCUAUUUUUCGGGACUGCGUAAACUCUCAGGCGUAAAGUUAUCACUACGCACUGAGAUCAGAUGUGCCUAA